CGGUCCUGUUCAUGAUGGAGGAGCUGGUCCCCUCCUCAUGGCUUAUUUCAGGUCCCGUGUAGGUAUAUUUUUGUCAUAAUUUAUUCCACCUGUGUCUGUCAGUUCCUUUCCCCUUGCCGCCUCCCGUGACAUUUUGGCUCAUGUUUCUUCAUAAGCUCUGAGCCAGUUAUUAAUAACAGCCCAGUGACUUUGUGAUCCACAAGGAACAUAUGGUGUUUUUCACAAGAGAGAGCUCAUUCUCUCGACUUUGGACUUCACUUACAGAACCCUCAAAGUACAAGGAUUAUUUAAUUCUCACACUGUAUUAUGAAGUAGGAAUUAUUAUUACCCCUGCCCAGUUCACAGAAGUGUUAACUGAGGAACAGAGAGUUACAUGAAUUACCUAAAGCCUCACUAAAAUGGUAAAUCAGUCUUCUUGCAACUACCAAGUACAACUUGCUAGGUACAAGAUGGCCAGUGAUUAGAAACAAAGCAGCAUACAAGAAUAAGAGAGGCCAGAUACAUUGGAACACACUUGUAAUCCCAGCCACUCAGGAGACUGUGGCAGGAUAAUUCCAAAUUUGAGGCCAUCCUGGGUAACAGUAGGACUCAGUGUUCAAAAAAUAAGGCGGACAGAUAACAGCAACUACCGGCGGCUCUCUGAAAGACUCGGCUCAGAAGCCAGGAAUGGUGCGGACUAAGGAGACAUAAGCAGGUGGAGAUAUGCUCUGCUGACUCAGGAACGAACUGGGCUGAGAGAAGCCAACUUGGAAUGCAGUCCUGGUGCUAAAACAGGAACAGAAAAGACUCGGUGUGGAGGCUGGAACCGCGCCAUUGUAAGCCGCGAUUUGGGUUUCCCGCCGCGCAGCGGCUGGCUGCCUCUACAGCGGCUCGGCAAGGAGAGAGACGCGCGGAAGCUUGAGAACGGGAAUCUGCGAACGGCAGGGAGGCAUGCACUGACUUGUGGUGAGGUGAGUGAGAGAAACUGACACUCUACCACAGUUUGACUCCAGCAGAGGACUUUCUGGGCCCGAGCAGUCCUGCGGGAGCAGGGCGCGGUGGCGACUCCAGCCACACAUCCCCCUCUCGGGCGGGAUUGGUGAAAAGUGCCUGGCCUGCGUGACGCUGCCGGCGGACCUGGUAGACUGUCCCAACCCAGAUCCCAGAGCCUGACGGUGGCCGGGAGGGGAGACGCGUAGGCUGCCUGGUCCGUAACUCCCUGGUGCGCAGCGGUGAGCGGGAACACCUAACUGGCGCAAUUCGAUCAGGCUAUGGCUGACUGGGAGAGAAGCUGGGCCUCUUAUAUAAGCUUGCAUAUAUAAGGAACAGAGAAGAAGAGGCAGCAUGGGAAGAGGCAGCAACAAGAAAGGCCCCUCAGCCCCCAUUCUGAGAAACAGGCAAUAGCAGACACCGCACCAAUAUACAUAAGGCACCAUAUAGAGAGCCUCAUAGACCAAUUCAGGAAUGAAGUUAUCAACGACCUGAAACUAGAAGUAUGCAGAAUAGUUAGAGAAAUGCUAAGUACCACCCAAGAAAAAACAGGUGGUGGAAUGGAAGAACAGAAAAAAAGGGGAGAAUUGUUUGAUGGAGAAAACAGAGAAAGCAUAGAAUACGUGAAGCAGGUUCAAAGGGACUACCAAGAUACUAAGAAGUCUAUCGAAGACUGGCAUAACAGCUUGAAAGAAACUAAGGACAGACUAUCUGAACUGGAGGGCAGACUUGUAAUAUGGGAGAAUGAAAUGAAAAACUUCUUAAAAAUAACAAAGAAACAAACAGCAAUAAUACAAAGACAAGAAGAUGAUAAGAGGAUCCAUAACUUAAGGAUUAAGAACAUAAAAGAAGAAGUAGGGACACAAACAAGUCAACUACAAAAGCUACUCACAGAAAUAAUCCAGGAGAAUUUUCCUAAUUUAGCAAAAGGUAAAGAUACUCAGAUGUAUGAGGCAUACAGGACCCCAGCUACCUACAACCCAAACAGAGCAACACCCAGGCAUAUAAUAAUAAAAAUUCCAGAAAUUCAAUACAAGAACAGAAUAUUAAAAGCUGUAAGAGACAAGAAACAGACCACUUACAAGGGAACACCCAUCAGAAUUACAGCAGAUUUCUCUGCACAAACCAUCAAAUCACGAAGAGCGUGGGGGGAAAUAAUUCAAGCUUUGAAAGAUAAUAAUCUCCAGCCAAGAUUGAGAUAUCCUGCACAACUGUCCCUGGAAAUUGAUGGAAAAACAAGGUGCUUCCAGGAUAAAGAGGAACUGGGGGAAUUUGCAACCACCAAUUCAACUCUACAGAAAGUAUUGCAGGAUAUUCUAAAAAAAGAAAAAUACAAAGAACCCAGAAAUAGUGGCGGGGAGGCCACAACAAAUGGAGCAGAGAACAAAAUGAAGAAGACAAACUGACAGCUACUGACAGAAAAAGAGCUUAACAGAAAUGAGGCAGAGAAGAUUGGAUGAUAGGAACAGCUAUUUUGGAGAAAAUGACAUCUUAAUAGAUUUCAGGUAUUAUAGAGGCAACACCCUCCUGAAAGGACGUGAGAAACACAAACAGCCAAGGGGGAAGUCACCCGUAGUCCUUCCAUUCAAACUUAUCUCACCACCAUUGACAUUUGUGUGUACUCUUCUGUUUUACAAAAACGUUGCAAUUCUGGAGUCUAAUGUAUGGACAGAAGAAUGCAUACAAUUUCUAUGUACAGUUUAACAGGAGCCAAGGUUGCUAAGAGACCACCUGUGCCGCAUGCACUUUGGUCUCCAACAGCAGACCCAGCAAAGACCGAGGAGCUGUCACCUCCCACCACCUGGGAUUCAUUCAGGCAACAGGAGUAUUCUGAAUAUGACUGGCAAAAACUGGAUAUUAAUUUCUACGACCACUCCCCAAAGUUUAGAAGAUGAAAUUGUGGGAAGACUUCUAAAAAUCUUGUUUGUUUUAUUUGUUGACUUAAUGUCUAUUGUGUAUGUUGUUAUAACUUCUUAGAAAGCAUUUUUUACUUUCCAUAUACAUUUCAAAUUGAAUCCCAGUGAAUAAAAAUGUGUAUUUUAA